AUGAUAGAGAAUCCAUGUUUUAAUUGGGAGAAACUGCAAGAUAUUUUUUAUAGAAAUAGAGAGAUUUGUGGAUUGGAGUGGCCUUCUAUUGAUAAACAACAGAAGCAACAGCAUGAAACAGUUUUCUCAACAAGUACUGUCGUUAUAUCCACACCUGAUACUAUAGAAAUCUUUGAUUAUACUGGAUCAUUAUUAUUGAGCUUAUCCAAGAAGAAAUUUGGAGAGAUAGUCAAAUUAGAAUUUAAUGAAAAUGAAGAAUUAGUUAUAGUAACUUCCAAGACAAUUAAUGUUGUAAAAAAUUACUUACCAUUAGAGAUUGAAGAAUUUGAUGUUUCAAAUAAAUUGAAUGGAGCUAUAUGGGAUUACAAAAAUGGAACUAUAUUAACGAAGGAAACUCAGGAUAUUUAUCAGGUUUUAAACAAUGAUAAAUUAAACCUUCUUUACAAAAAUGAAGGCUCUUUUACUAUAUUGACCAAAAAUCAUUGGAAUUGCAAUCUCAAUAAGAUAAUACUACUAGAUAUUAAUGAUGUAUUGGAAUUUGUGAUAGAAAAACGCAUACUUUCAAACAUUUUAAAAAGCCAAUGGCAUAGGGUAGAAAUAUCGAACUCUGGAUUUGUAUGCCUUUACAAUUUAAAAUUUAACAAACUAAGGGUCUUCAAGGACCCUUCAACCGCAUUAUUAGAGCAUGAUUUAGAAGUUAUUCCAACUGAUAUUAAAUGGUGUAGUGAUGACAGCAUUGUAUGUUCAUUUACUGAUGAAAUCAAAAUAUAUGGACCUGGGAAUACUUAUAUUUCAUUUUGGUAUCCUAAUAAUAUCACAAGCAUAGCUACAGAGAUUGACGGUUUAAAGGUUAUUACUAAAGAAAAAGUUCAUUUGGUCUCCAGAGUUCCACAAUCUACAGCUAAUAUAUUUAGAAUAGGGUCUACGGAACCGGCUGCAAUUCUUCUAGAUUCUCUAGAUUUGUUGAGCAAUCAUGCUCCAAAAUCAAUUGCAAAUUUAAGAUUGAUUGAUUUAAAGGUAGCUGUAUUAGAAUGUAUCGAUGCAGCUAAACAUGAGUUCGAUAUUACAAUACAGAAGAAAUUAUUAAGUGCAGCAGCAUUUGGAAAAGCGUCAUUAGAUAAAAAUACAUUUGAUUCAAAUAUAUUCGUUGAAGCGUGCAGACUAAUUACAUUAUUGAAUACUAUACGUAGUUACGGAUUUUUUAUUACUAUUGAUGAAUAUUGUCAUAUGAAGAGUGGUAGAAUCCUCAAUUUGCUUUUAACUCGUCAUAAAUAUUAUGAAGCAGUCAAAGUUUGUGAAUUACUAAAUGAUGCCUCCAAAUUUUCUAUUCUUUUCAAACAUUGGGCUGUAUCAAAAAUACGAUUAUCAUCAGACAUGGAAGAUGAUGAAUUAUUAACUAUUAUCAAAAACCAGCUUAAAGUUAUUAAAUUUUCAGAAAUGAUAAGUUUGAAUGAUAUUGUACAUGUUUCUUAUCUUGAAGGAAGAUUUAAACUGGCUAAAGGUAUAGCCUUAAUGGAAAGAAAUCCACAGCUGAAAAUUGUGGAACUUCUUGAAAUGGAUGAAAAUAACGUAGCACUGGAGGAAGCAUUAAAAACUAAUUGCCCAGAACUGGUACUAUCAUUUUUGUUGAAAUGUCAAACUAGUUUAACAUUAUCACAAUUUACAAAACUUCUAACAUUGGACAUGCCAGAUAAUCAAUUAUUCUUAUAUUCACAAUCUUUUCUUCAUGAAGAAUUUUUAUUUGAUUAUUAUAGACAAACAGACAGAUUUUUUGAUUUAGGACAACUUAUAUUAGAACAAAGUAAAAAACAGAGAACGAUACAGCCAUUUUUAUCACAAAUCAAGGAUUUAUAUAACCACUAUCAACAUGACCACUUAUUGAAACACGAAGUUGAUUUGUUUAAAAAGGAAGAAAGUCUUUGGAAGUACCAAGAUAAUCUAUCAGGUAUAUUCAAUGAAAACUUUAAUGAAUUAUCUCUUGGUGCAACUCUGGGUAAAUUGAUAGAGAUGAAGCAAGAUCGAUAUGUUCAUGAACUUGUUAAAGAAUUUAAAAUUAGUGAUAAAAGAUUCUAUCAUACUAAAUGUAAAGUUUUAAUUGAUGGAAAAAGGUUUGAUGAAUUACAACAAUUUGCAUCUGAGAGGAGAUCACCGAUUGGGUAUUUACCGUUUUACAAGUACUUAAUGAAAAAGAAAUAUGAAAAGGAAGCUGUCAUAUACAUUAAUAUGAUUUCAGGAAUUUCCUAUGAACAAAAGAAAAAAAUGUAUCUAGAAUGUAACAGUUAUCAGGAAGCUGUACAAAUUGCAAAGAAAGAACGUGAUAUUGGAGGUUUGAGAGAAAUUUUCAAAUUAGUCCCAGCAGAUCAGACACAUUUAAAGAAAUUGAUAAAUGAAAUUAUUGGAGCCAUUUAA